CGGGGUAUUAUGAUAGCGAGGCAAUUAACCGGGCUCGGCGGCAAUGACCAGAUUGGCCUGCCCAAUUGGUAUUUUCACCAGCGUAUUUGGGCUUAAUAAAUAGCUUGAUAGCGAGGGCAAAACGAAGGACCAUUAUCAAAUACUAACCAAGAUCACAAUUCAAUAUCGACAGUCCACUAACCGGGUUAUUAACAAACUACCGGCUAUCAGGUGCUGUUGCAAUUUCGGCCUCAGGCGCACAGGCAGCAACCACCCCGCAUGCGGGCUGAGGCACCAAGGCAGCAAGGCACUCGCGCUCUCUCACGAGCAUGGCUGACCAGGACGAACAUCUGACCCCGACCUCCCCUUCCUACUCCCCCACCACGCAAGACCAAGAGUCCAGCUCUGCCGCGUCGGACAGCAUUAAUUCGAGUCACGAACGCUCCCAGAUCCCCCAUCUCGGACCCAGCAUCGGCAGUCCCAGCAGCAGCGUCGACGUCCACUCCCGCGCCGGUCACGAGAGGCACGAGAGGGGUUUUGUGCAGCCUGCCUCAUACUUGCACUUGCGCCGCCGUGGCCUUUCGCAACCAAUGGCACCCGCUCAGCCCGAACGACCCGUUGAUGUCGAGGAGCAGAUGGGCUUGCGCGCCAUCCGCAAUUUUCUAAAAGUCCGCACAAGCUACGAUGUUCUGCCCCUCAGCUUCCGCCUGAUUGUCUUCGACACAUCGCUGUCAGUCAAAGAGAGCUUGAAUAUCCUCAUACAAAAUGGAAUCGUUUCCGCUCCUCUAUGGGAUUCGUCGACGUCGACCUUUGCCGGCUUGCUCACGACGUCGGACUACAUCAACGUCAUCCAGUACUACUUCCAGAACCCGGCUACCCUAGACAGAAUUGAUCAGUUCCGGCUCAACAGUUUGAGAGAGGUGGAAAAGGCCUUGGGUGUAGCGCCUCCAGAAACCAUUUCCAUUGAUCCCGAACGACCGCUGUAUGAAGCUUGUCGCCGCAUGCUAUCGUCGCGUGCCCGCAGAAUACCGCUGGUUUCGAAUGACAGCCAAACCGAUCGAUCCCUGGUCGUCAGCGUGGUGACGCAGUAUCGCAUAUUGAAGUUUGUCGCCGUCAACGUGGGUGAGACCCAGAACUUGCGGAAACCACUGAAGGAGAUCCGCCUUGGAACGUAUCGUGAUAUUGUCACCGCGUCGAUGGAUACGCCUGUGAUUGAGGUCAUCCACAAGCUGGUCGAGCGCAGUAUAUCAAGCGUGCCCAUCGUUAACUCUGAGGGUAUCGUUUACAAUGUCUUCGAGGCUGUGGAUGUGAUCACGCUGAUCAAAGGCGGGGUGUACGAUGACCUCAACCUCAGCGUGGGAGAGGCCUUGAGGAAGCGCUCACCGGACUUCCCCGGCAUCUACACAUGCUCGGUCAACGAUGGGUUGGACACCAUCUUCGACACCAUUCGCAAAUCUCGGGUACAUCGAUUGAUCGUCGUGGACGACCACUUUAGACUCAUAGGUGUAUUGACUUUAAGUGAUAUCUUACAGUAUAUUUUACUUGAAGGUGAGCAGGACGAGUGGUAAUAAAAGGUGUACAUAGAGAUUUCUUUUGUCUUGCAUGUGGGCCGGCGUUAUUGAUGGACUGGGCAUAUACAGGCGCACAAGAUGUCUUGGUUAGAGAUUCCUAAUUUUCAGGCGUCCUGUCUGAUAUCCUAUCCGAAGGAACAUGGCAGGGCAGCGGUUGCGACUGCGUAUCAUCCGGUGUUCUCCUUUUUUAUAUAUGAAGAUAUUUGACCCUUGCUAUGCUGAAUAGACGAGAU